CUAAGAUAAGGAACUAAAAGUCUUCAACAAAUCUCCUUGGUUCUGUGUGGGUAAGCUCUUGAGAGAAGUUCGAUUUCUGAGCAAGUAUUUUUGAGGAAAUCUGGUUGAGAAAAAAAAAAUCCCAGGACUACAUGUCCAAUAGGAAAGUCUGUAAGAGCUAGAUACAUCUGCCGGUUUACCAGUGUUUCUAACUUCCUGCUGGGCUGAAACUUCUUGUUUUGUGGAAGAGCAGAUCUCGACAGUAGGCAUCCAAGAUGAAGAGUCUCCAAACAUUUGAGGAGCAAACAGAAUGCGUUGUCAACACUUUACUCAGAGACUUCUUGAGCCCAACAUUAGAGGUUGCUAAUCGGAAUCUAUGCAGUGUAGAGGAACCAGACACAGGAGAGGCUUGUUCUUUUGAUGCGGCUAUCAUUGCUGGACGACUUCGGAUGUUAGGUGACCAGUUCAAUGGAGAAAUAGAAGAGUCUGUGAAAGACAUCAUUGCAAAAACUGCUGAAGGACAGGUGAGGGCUGUACUCCAGGACAUAGUGCAGUCUCACAGUGAGAACUGGUGUGCUCAGGAUUCCAGCCUUGCUUAUGAAAAAGCCUUUCUGGGAGUAACAGUGAAACUUCUUAAGUAUGUGGCCCACAUGGCUCCUGAAAUGGCAAGGCAGGUGGCUGUCCCCCUGAUGAGUAUGAUCAAUAGCAACAGAGCCGUCUGUGACUUCAUCAAGAGCCAGGGAGGAUGGGAAAAUCUGGAGAGCUGAAGAAGUUGAAUUAUUCUUGGCUGAGCUGCACUUCUUUGAGCAAAUGAUUAAUUUCUGGCAAUUAAAACAGAGAAAUAAAUUUAAAAACCACUUCUUCAUUUAGUCAGAAUGUAUUUUGUUGACUAAAUUAUUUCCUACUGAUAAAGUUGGAAACAGUUUCCAGAAGCCUACAGAGAUUUUAUACUGUUUUUAUAUGCAUUUUAAUGAGGUUUUGUUGAUGCUAAAACCUCCAGACACAAUACAAUGAUUUAUUACUGAAAUUUCAGGCAACAACUAGGCCUUUGCUGCAAAUAUGGUGGAGAA